AGAAGAAGAAGAAGGAGGAAGCGGAAGUGGUAAACACUGCUGUGGCUAACACGCUGAGCGGCUCGUGUCGUUGUUUUUAAAAAGUCAAACGUUUCAAAUGGAGAAAGUGAAUGAAAGUCCAGAGUUUGACUCGUACGAGAUCGAUGAGCCGAGCGACGAGGAGAGCGCCGCCAGCAGUUCAGAGGACGAGCUGGACAUCCUGCUGAACGGGACUGCGGCGCAGAAGAAGAAGCUGAUCAGAGAGUAUCUGACGGGCGAGAGCGAGUCGUCCAGCGGCGAUGAAUUUGAGAAGGAGAUGGAGGCGGAGCUCAGCUCCACCAUCAGGAACAUGGAGGGAACGUGGGGACCGUCCAUGGCAGCAGCACACGUGGCAGCAGGAGCAGGAGGAGGAGGAGGAGGUCCUGGACUCUCAAAUCCUCAGAUGUACGACAAUAUCUACUUUGACUCUGAUGAAGAGGACGAGGUCACACCGGGCAGCUCCACGGGCCAGAGGCAGAGACGACGCGCCGUACCGACCAACGACGAGCUGCUGUACGACCCCGACGAGGACGACAGAGACCAGGCCUGGGUGGACGCCAGGAGGAGACGAUACAUGAGCAGAAAACGACCGGCGGCAGCAGCAGGAGGAUCGCAGCCUCGCCGGCCUCGGGCUUUACCGAGCAGCGACGCCGUCCUCAACUGUCCCGCCUGCAUGACCACGCUGUGUCUGGACUGUCAGAGACACGAGAAGUAUCGCACGCAGUAUCGAGCCAUGUUUGUCAUGAACUGCGCGGUGAACAAAGAGGAGGUGCUGCGCUACAAAACGCAGGAGCAGGACAGGAAGCAGCGGAACAGGAAGAGGAGGCGGGGCCAGAAGACCGAAACCCCGGCAAACGAGCCGGCUCCCGACCCGACGCCGGCGGGGAUGAACUCUGACGAGGUUUACCACCCGGUGCAGUGCACCGAGUGCUCAACAGAGGUCGCCGUGUACGACCAAGACGAGGUUUACCAUUUCUUCAACAUCCUGGCCAGUCACUGCUGACGCGAACACGCUCAGAGUGCGCCCCCUGCUGCUGAGAAUCAGACAUUUGCCUACUUUUUGCAACAAACACAAGACUCUUCUGCUUUUCCAGGAGCGUCGGUGAACUACGGUGGCCUUCACAGACCAGAAAUGGUGUUUAUUUGUCAGGACGCUGUAGAAACAUGACAAUGCAAAAUGGCGGCCCCAGAAUAAACGGUGUAGAAGAGACUUUAUGUUAAAGCUACAAAGACUUAACAACUUUUUAUUUAAAGUUAGGAUACAAAUGUUACAUACUGGACCGUUAAUAAAAGAAGUCUACGAUAUUUGAAGAACACGUUCACGUCUUUUUCUUACUGUGACACACUCACUCUCCCACACCAAAGCCCAGAGAGAAAAUCAGUGAUUUUAACAUCACACACACACACACACACACAGGAGUUGUUGAUCCACUGCUGCCUCCAUCACUAACUUCAAAUGUCUGAUUUUGUCACUUCAGCUUUUAAAAUCCUUUGUUCAGAUUGACCUCAGUGACACAAAGUGACCACACGAGGCAGCAGAGGACCAGCAGCUCUUGUGUCCCCGCAGCUAAAAUCACUGAUUUUCUCUGUGGGCUUUGGUGUGUGAGAGUGAGUGGUUUACAAAGUGCAGUGAGAUAAAGACAUGAACAUGCUCUUCAGAUAUCGUAAACUUUCAAUGUAAUUUUGUUUUCACUGAGAGUGAGCCUCUGUGUCUCAGGCUGGUUCUCAGCAGCAGGGGGCGCUCAUCACAGCUGACCGCUUCAGUGCCUCAUUCGACCACACUUCAAAAAAACUCUGAAUUAUUACGAAUUAUGUACAAAGCUGCAGUCUUUUAAAUACCUGAUUUAAAAACCUGACUGGUGAACAUAUGAUCACAUGAUAACACAAACAAACCUUUUUUAUUAAAAGUCUCGUAACGUCA